AUGAAGACGUCCCUCGCUCUCGUCCUCAGCGUCGCCGCCUCCGUCGUCAGCGUCAGCGCCGGCAUCGUCAUCACGCCCAUCCACCCCGACCAGGUCGUGCCCAGCAACAGCGGGGAUUGUUUCUUCGGGGUCGUCACGCCCCAGGGAUGCGGACGCAGGUAG